UUCAGUCUUCACACGUUCAGUUCGUCGUUCAAACAACAGUUCAUUCGUUCGUCGUUCAUCCCUAAUGCCCGACUGGACUGUUGUCCUUCAACUCUUCAAGCCUGCCCGCCGCCCUCGCCCCUCGGAAUCUCAUAUCUACGCCAGUAACGCCACCGAGCAGCUGUCUGUCUAGCACGGACCACCGAUUGAAGGAUUUGAAAGGCAACUGACCAAGCAGCAAGAUUAGACAUACUAAAAGCUCAUGUUGGUAAGCACAUGAGUGCUCACAACAAUGCCGUGUUAGCUAUGGAUCUGUUCAAGAAACAAAAAGCAUCACCACUGCAUUUUCAAAACAAAGCAAGGAGUCUAUGAGUAACUAUAGGAAGCGAUUGGAAGCAUCAAUUAUUUCUGUACAAUGGCUUUUAGUUGGAGCAUUGCCUUUUCGAGCUCACGAUGAAAAAGAAACUUCUUCAAACAGAGGUAAUUUUCUCAGACUUUUGACUCUUGUUUCAGAACUACAUCCUAAUUAUUCAAAAGUUUGUUUGAAAAAUGCUCAUGGUAAUUGUCAACUUACUUCUCUGGUUGUUCAAAAAGACAUCAUAAAUGCAUGUGCAAAAGAAACUACUAAAGCAAUACUUGAAGAUCUUAAUGGUGGUUUUUUUGCUAUUCUUGCUGAUGAGUCGGCUGAUAUUUCUGAUAAGGAACAACUGCCUCUUUGUUUGAGAUAUGUAAAUAAAGAAGGAGAGGUGUGUGAACGUUUACUUGGUAUUGUGCAUGUUGGGGAUACAACUUCUUUAACUCUUAAGGCUGCUAUUGAGUCAUUAUUAAUUCAACAUUCUUUGUCUUUCUCUCAAGUAAGGGGUCAGGGUUAUGAUGGGGCUAGUAAUAUGCAAGGUUCAAUUAAUGGCCUUAGAACCUUAAUAGAGAAAGAAUGUAAACAAGCAUACUUUGUUCAUUGCUUUGCUCACCAGUUGACUCAAAUUGCACUUGCUAGAAAGAAUCUUGAUUGUGCUUGGCUCUUUAGUGACAUGCUUGCUCCUCUCUUGAAUUUUGUGGGUUGCUCACCAAAGAGGAAAGAAUUUCUUCGUGAAAAAAAGCUCAAGCAAUUGUUGAUGCAUUAUCCCUAGGUGAACUUGAAACGGGUUCGGGUUUAAAUUAAGAACGGGGGUUAGGAAGACCUUGUGACACCCGUUGGGGUUCCCACUUUAAAACACUUGUAAAUGUUCUUGAUAUAUUUCCUUCGCUCACUUGAUGACAUUGCUAAAGCUGAAAUCUAUGGCAGAUGAUUUUAACAGAGCACAAAGUAUUAUUGGUUGGUUAAUGACUUUUGAUUUUGUGUUUGUGGCUCACUUAAUGGUUACUAUAUUUGCACUUACUGAGCAACCAAAUAUGAGAUUGAGGUUCCAUAUAUGAAUGCGACAUAUGUUGUUCCCGAGAGAAGGAUGUUUAGAGGUAAGCGUCCGGGAGUGUCAAAUCUUCAUCAUUUUCGAGUUGAGGUGUUUAUAAGUGUCAUUGAUCUUCAGUUACAAGAGCUUGAAAAUCGAUUUCCCGAGAUAAGUAAAGAACUUCUUGUGUGUAUGUCUUGUUUAGUCCAGUUAAUCGGUUCUCUUCUUUUGACAAAGUUAAAUUGACCAAGCUAGCAACAUUCUAUCCAAAUGAAUUUUCAAGCUCGGAAUUGAUUUACUUUGAACAUACACUUCAAAAUUACUUUGUGGCCGUUGGAGAUGAUGAAAGGUUUUGGAAUUUGAAGAGUCUUAGUGAAUUGUCAAAGAAACUCGUUGAGAUGGGAUUGUCCGAAACUCAUAGUAGAGUAUACUUGCUUUUGAAGUUGGUGUUGGUUCUCCCCGUUGCAACGGAAAGAGUGUUUUCUGGUAUGACGAUCGUGAAAGAUAAAUUGCGUAAUAGCAUGGGAGAUCAAAUGUUGAAUGAUUGUUUGAUUACUUUUCUAAAAAGUGAUUUGUUUUCGAAUGUUAAAAUAGAUCACAUUAUUAAUCGAUAUCAAAAUAUGAAAACUCGCCGUGAACAAUUGUAAUAGUUUAUUGUACUAUGUGAUUGUAAUAUAUUAUUUGUAGUACUUUUAGUUUGUAAGAUGAAUUUUUUAGGUACUAUUUGGUUGUAGUAUGGAUGAUUUUUGUUUGAUUGAAUGAUUGAAAUGAAGGUGGUUGUCAUAUAUAUAUUUUUGUUAGUAUUUUUGGAUUCGAAUUUUUUUUUUUCUUUAACAGGUGAUCAAUUAUUCAGGGUGACUCACAAGGACGGAAAUCCUGGAUCCGCCACUGCCUAAGGCUCAACCUAUAUACACAUAGGAAGCCUCACACUUUGCAAAUAACACUAUGGUGGCCCACUUUGAAAAAUCUUCUAGUAAAACAGUUUUUUGGAGAAUAUUCUAAGUACCUACAAUAUUAUAGAAAAAAUUGAAUGCCCUUAAAUAAAAAGGAGUUAGUCCAUCCCUUCAUAUAACAAAGAUAGAAUAUGUCCUUUUGGAAUAAAAGAAAUCUCUUUUAUAUAGUAUGCAUUUAUCAUUCAAAAAACACUGAGAAGAUAUAUCAAAUAUCUUUGAAGGGGUUGUCACCCAUGACAGAAUGAAGGUUAAGGGCCAAAAAUCAUACCCUCAAAAUAUCAUGAAGUAUUCUAUCCGCAAAAAUCAGAAUAAGUAGAGCAAUGCUCAAAGCAUGAUACUUGACUCCAGCUAUACACAAAUCUUAGAUAAAAGAAGUUGAGACCAUGACACAUCUUCACAAGAGCACCGCCAAAUUCUUGUAAAUGAAAAGAUAAAAUUGUCCUUAUGUACUAAUUGGCUCCAAUUGGAUAACUAUUAAACUUGUCCUUUAUGGAUUAUUUAAUUUGUUAAUAAUAAUGCAUCCUAUAACAAGGAAAUUUGGUAUUCUGUUAAUGAUCCAAACUAAUCAAAGUAUAAUUCUAGAUUGUAUUAUACUAAUAUCAAUGGGGUUGAGAACAUUUCAAUUUUCAAUAGUGAAAUAGCAUUUAAAUUCUUGCUACAUACUUCCUCAAUUCUUUUUUAAUUACAAAGUUAGGGUUUUCAUGCUUUCCAAUGCACAUUUUGUACCAUUAUUAUCCUUAAUUACUUAAGUAAAAAUUAAUAAAAGUUAAAGAUUAUGUAUCAAAACAAAUGACAAGACCCUACAUGACUAUGUUUUUCCUAACGCUUAACUCAAAAAAGGGUCAAAGGAUUUUGUGUAAAUAGUGUAGAUUUCCCAACGUUGCAAUCAAAAAAGAACUGAGAAAGUACAUACUUCGUAUUUUCUUGGUGUGAAAUUGGAAAGGACAACAUUAAGCUUUAUAACUUAAUAUGGGUUAUAUUAGUAAUUUUCAAUUUUUAGCAAGGUAUAUUUAUUUUCCUUUGCCAGAUAUAAGAGCAGUAAUACAUUCACAAUAAGUCAUCUACAUGUAAUUUAAUCACUCUUUUGAAUCAAAAAAACAAAAAAAAAAAAAAAAAAAAAAAAAAAAAAAAAAAACCAAAGUAAUUUAUCAAACUUUUAGCUUACCUCAAUUUAAAUAUAGCAAACCUCAGGGCACAGUCAACAGAAAUAAAAUAAACACACAAUUAUUUGAAUGAACCCAAAGAAUAUUGAGA